GAGACGCCGGGGCGGGGCUCAGCGCCCUGUCGGCGGGUCCCCAUGGCUGACCGGGCCGUGCCGCGUUCUGUCGGCCCCAGGGCUGGUGCUCACCGCUCCUCCCGAAACGCCGCAGGUACUAAACAGGCAAGUGCUUUGAAACAAGAAGAUGCUUCUAAAAGGAAAGCAGAACUAGAAGCAGCUGUGAGAAAGAAGAUUGAGUUUGAGAGAAAAGCUCUACAUAUUAUUGAACAGCUUUUAGAGGAGAAUAUUACAGAAGACUUCCUAAUGGAGUGUGGGAAGUUCAUCUCACCUGCUCACUACAGAGAUGUCGUGGAUGAACGUUCUAUUGUCAAACUCUGUGGUUAUCCUUUAUGUCAGAAGAGGCUGGGAAUUGUACCAAAACAAAAAUAUAAAAUUUCUACCAAAACCAAUAAAGUCUAUGAUAUUACUGAAAGAAAGUCUUUUUGCAGCAAUUUUUGUUAUCAAGCAUCUAAGUUUUUUGAAGCACAAAUUCCAAAAACUCCAGUAUGGGUUCGAGAAGAAGAGAGGCAUCCUGAUUUUCAGCUGCUAAAGGAAGGACAAAGUGGCUAUUCUGGAGAAGAAGUACAGUUAUGCAGUAAAGCCAUUAAAACAUCAGAUGUUGACAAUUCCAGCCAUUUUGAAAAGCAGUGUGAAUCUAGUUCUUCUAGCACUCAUAGUGAUAGUAGCAGUGAUAAUGAGCAAGACUUUGUUUCCUCCAUUCUACCAGGAAAUUCAACAAGUAUUAGGCCACAGCUGCACACAAAAAGCAUAAUGAAAAAGAAAGCUUGUCAAAAAGUUAACUCCAAACACAAAGGCAAAGAACAGACAGUAGUAGGUGUCACUGAGCAGUUAGGCAAUUGCAGAUUAGAUAGUGAUGAGAAAGCUGCUGCACAUGUACUUCCUUUACAGAAAGUAAAUACUCAAAUUUCUUCAAACAGUACUUUGCCUGAGAGAUUAAAAGCUUCCGAAAAUUCUGAAAAUAAACACAAUAGGUCAGAAAUUACUCUAGUAGGCAUAAGUAAGAAAAGUGCUGAGCAUUUUAAGAGAAAAUUUGCCAAAUCGAACCAAGUUUCUAGGUCAGUCUCUAGUUCAGUGCAGGUGGGUCCUGAAGUUGCAAAGACAAACUUACUUAAAGUUUUGAAGGAGACUUUGAUUGAGUGGAAGACAGAAGAAACUUUGAGGUUUCUGUAUGGCCAGAAUUAUGCUUCUGUAUGUCUGAAACCCUCUUCAGCCUCCCUGAUUAAAGAAGAACUUGAUGAAGAUGACAUAAACUCUGACCCAGACAGUCAUUCCCCUGCCUGGAGGGAACCUCAGAACAGCUUGGAUGAGUCUUUACCUUUUAGGGGCUCAGAUACAGCCAUCAAACCAUUGCCAAGCUAUGAGAACUUGAAAAAGGAAACUGAAAAAUUAAAUCUAAGGAUCAGGGAAUUUUAUAGAGGACGAUAUGUUUUAAAUGAAGAAACCACCAAAUCACAAGACUCAGAAGAGCAUGAUCCCACCUUUCCACUGAUAGAUUCCAGUUCCCAGAACCAAAUUAGAAAACGCAUCGUACUUGAAAAAUUGAGUAAAGUAUUGCCUGGACUUUGGGGUCCUCUUCAGAUUACAUUGGGAGAUAUUCAUACACAACUUAAAAAUCUUGUCCAAACUUUCAGAUUAACAAAUAGAAACAUUAUACACAAACCUGCAGAGUGGACUUUAAUUGCUAUGGUGUUGCUGUCGUUACUGACCCCGACUCUUGGCAUUCAGAAGCAUUCUCAGGAAAACAUGAUGUUUACACAGUUUAUAGCCACCCUGCUUGAAGAAUUACAUUUAACGAAUGAAGACCUUGAAAGUUUAACUAUUAUAUUUAGAACCAGCUGUUAACCAGAGUGAUGCAUUCCAUGAAGACAAGACUAGAAAAUGAACUUCUGUUCACCAUUUCUAGAAUUCCAGCCACCAUGAUGGUCUGCUGGUGACUGAAAACUAGCUUUAUUCCAAGAAAGACCAUUACCUCCUUAGGUUUCAACACCCCAUCUCCCAGUCUCUCAGUCCCUAACUACAGAGGAUGACUUGCCCAGAUAGAGGAGAACCAUUACUCCAACAAGGAUAACCAAGUCCUUGCAUCCCUAGCUACCAGACAUGGUAUUUUUAUUUGAAAAUGAAAGUUGAAGUAUUAGGUUGAAACUUUGAUGACUAUUCAAGAAAAUAUAAUCUCUGAUUUUUCUGGAUGAGUCCAACCAUCAUAUCAGUUGACCAAAAAGUUGAGAAAAUUACCACUUUGGCCUCCCAAUCUAAACUCUAGAUUCUAAAGGACAGCAAGCAAUUAGGUCAAUAAAUGCAAUCUAAGAUGAA